AUGUUCAAGCGCCCGAGCGUCGUAGUACCGGCUGUUGUGUAUGCCAUGGUUUUCUUAUUCGGAAGUGUCAUGAUCACCGUCGAGGUUCCUCAGCUCCUACAGGAGAAAUUUGCUCUCAAUACUGAACAACUUGGUCUCCAGUUCAUCGGAGUCAUAAUUGGCACAGUUCUUGGCGAGCAAAUCGGGGGCUCAAUAUCCGAUUACUGGAUGAAUCGCCGAGCACGGCGUAUACGAAAGGCACCUGAACCAGAAUUCCGUCUCUGGCUCAGCUACCCCGGCAUUAUCUUGACCAUUAUUGGCGUCAUUGUCUUUUUAGUAUGUACUCAGCAGGCCCCUGAGGGGCAUUGGACUGUAAAGCCUAUUGUGGGCACUGGAGUGGCUGCCUUUGGUAAUCAAGUCGUGACUACUGUCAUGGUCACGUAUGCCGUCGACUGCCACCCAGACGAUCCUGGAAGUGUGGGGGUGUUCAUUACUUUCGUUCGGCAGAUCUGGGGCUUCAUCGGCCCAUUUUGGUUUCCCGAUAUGUUUGCGAACGUUGGCGUCGCUGCUAGUUCAGGUGUUGCGAGCGCUAUGAUAUUCGUCUGUAGCUUGCUACCCACUAUUGCGGUGCACGCAAUGGGGAGGAAAUGGGCUUAA